CGGCAACGCCACGCUCGACAUUGACGGAUCCGGCGCCCGCUAGGAGCGAUAAAAUCAUCUCUGGCAGGUCAUCACCAUCAGCUCCGAAACUCUUCGGAGAGCCAUACGAAUAGUCGACAAGACCAAGAGCGCAUGGCCAUUCUAGUACGAGUACACGCCCAGGUACCGUGCCGAGGGCCAAGGGCACAUUCUCGUACUACAAGUAAGCACAGGUGGAAACCCAGGCCACUGAAUCAGUUGCCAUGCUCCGGGAUCAGCAGUCUUUGCUAGCGAGAUGCCAGGCAACAGAAUUCCUCUGAUCCUCACUGGAUGCAUUCGGGGGCGCGCCGGCAUGCAACGACAGCCGUGGCACUAGCGUCCACUUGCGAACUCAUCCCGCGCGCCAAAUCCCAGACCAUGGCAAAGUGGUGGCUAGUCCGUAGCCCAGCUUCAUGGGAUGGGGUACAGACUUGUACGAGUACGCGGACUUCUCAGACCAGCUCUCGCCUUGCUGCUAGCGAUUCCCGGCGCCUUGCAGAAAACCCGGCUCUCCAUCUUACCUAGCGUGGCGCCAUGGCCGAGGAGAUCAGAAUCGAUAUAGCAUCUGCCGCAAGAUCAUCUGGACUCCCUAUUCACCGUCCAUCAGCCAUGAGCGUUGAUUGUUCGUCCUUCUACGACUGCACGUUGGCUGGCAUUGGGCUGAGCAGUCAAAAGUCCGGUCUGGUCACACACAGAAGCCCACACUCGCUGACAUUGGCCGAUCUUUACCAGCUCUCAAGCUGCUAAAACCGUCAGGUGGAGAUGCUUCCACAAAAU